GUGCAUUUGCUGCACACAGAGAUAGAGAGAUAGAGAGAAAAAAUGAGUAGCGGAAAAUGGAGCUGUUCAUGGUGGAUUUCAUCGGAGGAAUUCCAAAUGAUGAAGCUGGUGAUACUGAUAGUGCCUCUGUUCGUGCUUACAUGGAUUGCUACUGCAAAAACUUCACACAUUUGCCGAUGGAGUUUGGUUGCAAAUUGUUAUGUGGAUGAUGAUACCACACCUUCUCCUCCUCCUCCGUCUCAAUUUAAUGAAACCCAAGUUUUCAAUGUCUCCAAACCUUAUGUGGAGGAAACUAGUGAACCACACCUACUACUGAAGCAAACCACAAAGUCAAACAUCUUAGAAAAAACCGAAGUUGGUUUGGCACAAGCUCGUGCUGCAAUCAGAGAAGUCAGAAAUGAGAAUUAUCCAACACUAGAUUCAGAUUAUGUUCCCAUGGGUCCAGUGUAUCUGAAUCCUAAGACAUUUCACAGGAGCUACUUAGAAAUGGAGAAACAGUUCAAAGUCUUUGUGUAUGGAGAAGGGGAGCCUCAAAUCUUCCGCAAUCCACCAUGCAAAAGGGUAUACUCCAUGGAGGAUAACUUCAUGCAUUCUAUUGCAAUGAAUGACCAUUUUCGAACCAAAGAUCCAGAGAAAGCACAUGUGUUUUUCCUCCCUUUUAGUGUAGUAACCAAUCUUCGAUAUGGGUAUGAAAGAGUCUCACAAGAUUCUAGUGCUGAAAGAAACACUGUGACAGAUUAUAUCAGUGUCAUUGCUGCAAGAUAUCCUUAUUGGAAUCGAAGUCUUGGAGCAGAUCACUUCACCCUUUCUUGCCAUGACAUGUGCCGAAGGACAUCAUUAUCCUCACCUGAUCCGCUCAAGAACUCCAUUCGUGUGCUUUGUAAUGCCAAUACAUCUGAAGGAUUUAAGCCAACAAAAGAUGUUUCAUUUCCUGAAAUUAAUCUCAAGACUGGUUCAACAAACAGUUUCAUUGGUGGGCCAUCUGCAUUUAAACGUUCAGUUCUGGCUUUCUUUGCUGGGGGAGUUCAUGGCCCCAUUAGACCAGUUCUUCUCAAGCACUGGGAGAACAAGGAUGAAGAUAUUCAGGUUCACGAGUAUCUCCAAAAGGGUACUUCUUACCAUGAGAUGAUGAGAAAGAGCAAGUUUUGCCUUUGUCCUAGUGGGAAUGAGGUGGCUAGCCCUAGAGUGGUGGAGGCAAUUUACACUGGGUGUGUUCCUGUGAUCAUUUCCGACCACUAUGUUCCUCCUUUCAGUGAUGUUUUGAACUGGAAGUCAUUUUCAGUCCAGCUUUCAGCUAAGGACAUUCCCAACCUGAAGGACAUCUUGAUGAGUAUUUCUCCAAGACAAUAUGUGAGAAUGCAGAGAGGAGUGGAACAAAUUCGAAAGCACUUUGAAGUACAUUCUCCACCCAAGCGAUUCGAUGUGUUUCACAUGAUCCUUCAUUCUGUGUGGCUUAAGAGACUCAACUUCGAAGUUCACGAUGAUCACACGGCCUUGGUUCAGUAACUUGGCGAUGUUUGAUGAAUUACUCAAUACAGUUUCAGUUUCACUAUAAUAAUGUAUUGAGUUAGUAUUGUCUGUUUCUAUAGUGUUUGUUUGUUUGCUUCGGUCGUGUUUUGUAAGAACUUCAGCUAUCUCUGAUGUUCUUUUAUCUUAAUAUGUUUGCAUUGUGUUUUGUAAGAACUUCAGCUAUCUUUGAUGUUCUUUUA